AUGGAUACAGGACAAGAUCAACAUCAUCAUCAUCAACAUCAUCACCAUUCAAAAAACGAUGAAAAUGAAAUUAAAAAAGAUAAAUUAUUAAAAGAUGAUCUUAAUAAAAACAAUGAUAAUAAUAAUAAAGAAGAACAUAGAAACAAAGACAAUCAUAAUAAAUCUCCAGAACAACAUGAAAAGAGUGAAGAUAGACACAAAUCUGAAAGGAGUGAAGAAAAGAGUGAAGUAAAGAAAAGUGAAGAACAUUCAUCAGUUGUUGAAAUUAACCAAAACCAUCAUGAUAAACCAGAAGGUGAUCAAGAUGAACAAGAUAAUCUUGACAAAGAUGAAAAUGAUGAACAAAAUCAAUCAUCUUCGAGUAAAAGUAAUGAAAAUGAAUCUAAACAACAACAACAAGAAUUUCAAGAACAUGAAUUUCAAAGAAUACCAAUAAUUGAUUGGUCAACUGAAAAUACUAAACAAUGGAUUCAAUGUAAAAAAUCAAUUGGUACUCAAAAUGAUAAAGAUUCAGAUACAUCUGAUUUUGAAAAUAGAAAUGGUGUCUCAUUAUUAGAAAUUUCAAAAUCAAAAGAUACAUUUAAAUCAUAUGCAGGAGAAAGUAAACAUGAUAGAGCAUUCGCUUCAUUAUUAUAUGAUGAUUUAAAAGAAAAAGUUGAAAUUUUAUCAAAACAAAAAUUAAAAAAAGAUAUUGUAAAUAGAGUUGCAAUUAUUAGAAUUUUAAAAAAGAAAUAUAUGAUAAAACAUGACCUUGUUUUUGGUAGUGGUUUAAGAGUUGGUAGAGAUUUAAUACUUACAUCAUCACAUUUAAUGAAUGGUAUAAAGGAGGGUGGAUCGACAUUGAUUGAAGUUGGAUUUGAUGGUCAAUGGUUUAAAUCAACGAUUUUAGAUGUUUCAUCAACAGAAGAAUCAAAUACUGAUUGUGCCUUAUUGCAAAUCAAAGAUUUACAAGAUAAAUUCACCGUUGAAACCUAUCCAAUAGCAACCAAGGGAUAUGAAUUAUUAAAAGAUGUUAUAUGUUGUUCAUUUCCAUACACUCGUUUACCAAUGGUAUCACCAAGUGAUCAUAAAAACUUUUCAACAGUUGUACCACCAGAACCAUCACUCUACUAUGGUCAUAUAUCCCAUUUCAAUGAUGAUACAUUAGAAAUUUCAUUGUCAGGUGAUCCGGGUGUUUGUAAAGGAGGUCUCAUCUUUAACUUACACUGUGGUGAACUUUGUGCUAUCAUCAAAAAACAACCAAACUCUCAACAAUCUGUCUCUGGAAAUGUAUUAUUUUGCACUAGAUAUCAAACCAUUUCUGCUUGGGUCAAUACUGCUUUAAAGAAAUUACAACAACCACCAUUAUGGGAAUAA